UUCUCUAUCUGGAAUAUCACAAUGGGAACAUCUUUAUUAAGUACCCCUUGGGCACUUAGCAAGUCAGGGCUCCUUGCGGGUAUCAUUUCAAUUGUUGGCAUGAAUGCUCUUAUGCUAUUUACUUGCUGCUUGAUUGUCCGUAGUGUUAAUCACUGUGAGCCUCGUAAAGUAAACGAUUUUUCAGACGUGUGUCGUGAAUUCCUUGGCCAAUGGGGUUCCCGCAUCAGUAUUUUAUUUUCUAUUGUAACGCUGUUCUGUGUAUCAAUUGUGAUAUGGAUCUUACUAUCAAAUUUUUUGUAUAGUACCGUAUUUUAUAUUUAUGGUAUGAAUACAACCGUGAUUAAGGCUAUCCAGGGUGGUAACAAUUAUACUUAUACUUAUAAAGGAUUGCUAUGUCCCUCGCUUAGCAAUUAUUCACUUACUGAUCAAGCUUCAACGUCAGAGCAGGACCGACUAUUUCACAGGAUAUGGAAUAAGACGGCCACCGUGCCUCUCUUUGCAAUUUUAAUCAUUUUGCCCAUAUCUUGCUUUCGCUCUCCUACAUUUUUUACUAAAUUUAACUCCUUAGGUACAGUAGUAUCAAUAUACAUGCUUGCAUUUGUAAUUUGGAAAUCUAUUGGUUGGGGUAUUCAUUGGAAUGUUCCUGGGACAUCGCCCGAAGCUGGUUUCCCAUCUGUAACAGGGAUGAUGUCAUUGGCUUUUUUUACACACAAUGGCGUGUUAUCAGUGCUUCGUUGUCAGAAACACCCUGAGAAUAAUGUCAGAGAUCUAACAAUUGCCUAUGUAUGCUCCUGCAUAACUUACGUGACAAUUGGGUUAACAUUUUAUUUGUGCUUUCCAUUACCGAAAGAUAAAUGUAUUGAAUCUAUAUUUCUGGAUAAUUUUCCUGCAGAUGACAUUUUAUCCUUUUUGGGUCGAUUCGGAUUAAUGUUACAAAUUAUUACAAUAUUCCCUUUGUUACUGUACAUCAUGAGGGCUCAGGUUAUGCUUGUGAUCUUUGGUGCAUUUUAUCCGAGACAUAUUUUCAUUUGGAAUUGCUUCGUAACGGCUGUAUGCGUUUUAUUUGCUGUAUUCUUUCCUGAAGUUGGAACUAUUAUGAGGUAUGUUGGCGCAUUUGGUGGCUUAUUUUAUUGUUUAUUUUUACCCUGCGCUGUACAAUUUGCAAUACGGAAGAAAGAAAAUCGUUUAACUGUUAUCAACGUUCUAUCGUAUACAUACGUUAUAGUAUUUGGCCUUGCGAAUUGCAUUGCACAAUUUUUUAUGAAUUAA